GUGCUUGCUUAGUUCGGAGUCCAAAAUGCCACCCUCUCUCUCUCUCUGUAGUUAGGAAGAUAGAUGCCAGCAGAUUUGCCAAGUCAUUGUUUGUCAGCCCAAGCGGGGGAGUGUUCAAGUGUUGUGCUAUUUUUCUGAAAGGGACCCUGGCGUAUUGGUAUCUCAUGGUUGAUCGGCUCUUUGGAAUUGUUUGUGUGAACACAAGGAAGUAGACAUUACAAACUUAUUUGAAUUCUUCACUCAACCUAUUCAUCGGUUAUUGAACUAAAUUUUGUUGGUACCCUAAAUCCUUGGAUGAAUGCACAUAUUGUCAAGUCAGACAUGGCAAGGUUGACAAAUAAAGAGUUGGAGAGUGGUCUUUCCUUGCUGAGGGACAGCAUGAAUCAGGAAGAUGAGGUUCCUCAUAUCUUUGUUGUUCUAGGUGCUUCUGGAGACUUGGCAAAGAAGAAGAUCUACCCAACACUUUGGUGGCUUUUCAAGGAUGGCCUACUUCCUAAGAAGACAACGUUUGUUGGAUACGCUAGGUCCGUCAUAUCCAUCGAUGAGCUUAGGAAGAGAGCUACACCAUACAUGAAGAUAAAGGAUGGCGAGGAGGAGAAGCUGAAUGAGUUCUUCAAGGCCAACCGUUACGUCAAGGGAUCCUACACCGAUGCUGCAGAGUUCGAACACCUCAACGAUGUCAUCAAAACCAUAGAGAAAGGACAGAAGGCCAACAGGCUCUUCUAUCUUGCUCUUCCCCCCUCUGUCUUCAAGGAUGUAACGGCACACAUCAAGACAGCAUGUAUGGCAGAGAAUGGCUGGACCAGGGUAAUCAUUGAGAAGCCGUUUGGACGUGAUCUUGAAUCCUCCUCUCAGCUGUCUAAUCACCUUGCAGGCCUGUUCAACGAACAGCAGCUCUACCGUAUCGACCACUACCUCGGCAAAGAGAUGGUCCAAAACCUCAUGGUGCUAAGAUUUGCCAAUCGUAUGUUCAGCCCGAUCUGGAAUCGAGACAGCAUCGCUUCCAUCGUCAUCUCCUUCAAGGAACCUUUCGGCACACAGGGUAGGGGAGGCUACUUUGACGAGUUCGGAAUAAUCAGGGAUGUAAUGCAGAACCAUCUCCUUCAGAUCCUGUGUCUGACUGCCAUGGAGAAACCUGCCUCCACGGGAGCAGAGGACAUCAGGAAUGAAAAGGUCAAGGUACUAAAGGCCAUUUCCCCCCUGACCGUCGAUGACAUGGUCUUGGGUCAGUAUGAGGGAGACCCAGACGGAGAAGGUGAUGCCAAGGAGGGGUACCUAGAUGACUCCACAGUCCCCAAGGGAUCGACCACACCCACAUUUGCCUUCGCCAAGUUCUCGGUGAAGAACGAGAGAUGGGAUGGUGUGCCUUUCAUGCUUAAAUGUGGAAAAGCCUUGAAUGAGAGGAAAGCCGAGGUGAGGAUUCAAUUCAAGGAGGUGCCAGGUGAUAUCUUUGGUAACAUCAUGCGUAAUGAACUGGUAAUCAGGGUGCAACCCAACGAGGCUGUUUAUGUGAAACUCAUGACCAAGAAGCCUGGCAUGGCCUUCGGUACCGAAGAGACUGAGCUUGAUCUCACCUACAAGUCAAGAUACAAGGAUCUCCCCCUUCCUGAUGCCUAUGAGCGCCUUAUCCUGGACGUGUUCUGCGGGAGUCAGAUCCACUUUGUGAGGAAUGAUGAGCUAGCUGAAGCUUGGAGGAUCUUCACACCAGUGCUGCAUGAGAUUGAAUCUAAGAAACCCAAACCAAUCCCCUACAAAUAUGGAGGUCGAGGGCCAGCAGAGGCAGACGAGAUGGCCAAAAAGAAUAACUUCCUCUUCACUGGGACCUACAAAUGGAACAACCCCAACAAACUGUAGUGUCUUCUCGUCUUCAGUUCGUUACUUCACUGCUCAAUGCAUCAGGCAGGAUUUACUGUGGGGUGGCACAGACUAACACAUUUUGUAGUGUAUGGGGCUGUCCUUUGGUUGUGCAACUCUUGGGUGAUCAAGAACAGUGCAAACUUGACCUGAUUGUUCACUCUAGGCACGUGGCCUUUGCAAGAUUUCUUGUCAUCUUUACAGCAGAAAAGUUGGGUCUUCAGUCUGGCCACAUGAAAUCCAUAUCAUUGUAAAAUGUAAACAAAGUACCGGAAAUACAUACUUGCUCUCAUAUCAUAAUGUCAACUUUUCUCUCAAUUCCUCGCAGUAAAAUCUCUCUGAUUUUGGUUUUUGUGAAGAUUUUCACACUAGAAACAGGGUUUUGUCUCACUGAGAAAAUAAGUUGCUUGCUUUUACUCCAUGUAGGAAAUGUAUAUUUUGUACCAACUGUGUAUUUGGCUCAUAUAAAAUGUGGCUUGUUUCUUCAAGAAAGUAUUGCAAUUUCAAUUGGGUAUAUUUCGAGUUCAUCAGAAAAUUGUGAACGUGUGGUUUAUUCAUUUUCUUUUUAAUGAAAUAUCUUUUACUUGUAUUUUGCAAACACUUUAUAUUUAGUAGUAAAUUUAUUUCCUAUUUAUCUUAAGGUUUCAUAGAAUUGUCAUUCACUUUGUAUUUAUUGGAGAGGGAGUGACAUGUUUUUGUUUGAUAUGGGACAUUAACCUGCUCAUAUAUUUGACUUUUUAAAAGUGGUAGACUAACAAGCAAAAGUACUAAGGUAAUAGCCAUACAUUUUAUUUGCAUUUCAAACAAAGUUUGCAAAUGUUCCAAUCCAAUUUCCAGUAUUUGUUUGUGAAGUUCAAGAACUUUCUAGAUAUAUUUAAAAUGUCAAGUAUUGACUUGAAUCAAAGCAUACACCUUAAUUUUCCAAUAAAAUGAUGAAGAUUAUACUAGAAUAUAUAUUUGAUAUGCAAAGCUCGAUUUAGAUAGUAUUUUAUACACAAAAAUAGACGACUCAUUUCUUGUAUUGUAAUAAAUGGGUGAUGAAUUUAUAGAAAAAAAUUAA